AUGUUAGGGAGCUAUAGGUGUAUUGGUGCAUUAUCGAGUUGCACCCUCAAUUUACUGCAGUAUGUUCAGAAAUACAACAACGACUGGUGGAUUGGUCGACUGGUCAAGGAGGGUCAUGAUCUUGGCUUCAUUCCAUCGCCAGUGAAGCUCGAGUCACUUCGACAGCAAACUGCAAAAGCUGGAAAGUUCAAGCAAUCAACAUCGACUACAAAUCUCGGUGCUCUGGACAAUAUGAUGCCGCGCAGCGAGUCCAGAGGGUCAACUCCGCCCACUCCAGAAGAUGACGAGUACAGCGCUAGAAAGAUAACGAACAUUGUCACGACUCCGCCCACAAAGGAAAAGAAGAAGUUAAUAUUCAAAAAGCAAGAGAAUCUACCGCCGUACGAUGUGGUGCCGUCGAUGAGACCGGUCGUUUUGGUUGGCCCAAGCUUGAAGGGCUACGAGGUGACCGAUAUGAUGCAGAAGGCUGUAUUCGACUAUCUGAAGCAUCGAUUCGAGGGCAGAAUCAUCAUAACUCGAGUAACGGCUGAUAUUUCACUGGCGAAGCGGUCGCUUCUGAACAAUCCGAAUAAGAGGGCGUUGAUGGAGCGAGCGAAUUCACGAACCAGUAACAGCCUUGCCGAGAUUCAAACAGAAAUCGAGCGCAUCUUUGAACUGGCUCGUUCAAUGCAACUGGUCAUUCUCGACUGCGAUACCAUCAAUCAUCCGAGCCAAUUGGCCAAAACCAGUCUUGCACCGAUUCAUGUGUACAUAAAAAUCAGCUCACCCAAGGUGAGUUAUUAA